AUGCCCCGGGAUGGUCUUACGACCAUCCCGGGGAAUCAGAAUGCUGCAAGUUCCAAUUCACCGUUAGCAGCAGCAGCAGCAUCGAAGCAUUUGCCUCUUGAUAACCCUUUUUUGGGACAAUCGCUGCCUUCUGCUGAGGCAUGCAGCAGCAGCAGCAGCAGCCCCACCAGCACGAAGGAGCAAGAUGCUUGCUUCCGCAGCAGCAGCAGCAGCCUGGCAGAAGCCAUCAAUGGCAGCAACAGCUGCAACAACUUUCUCAUGGGCAGCGGCACCCUGACUACCUGGGCAGUGGGUAGCUGCGCUGUUGGAGGGCGCCAGAGCAGCAACAGCAGCAGCAGCAACGGCAGCAAAAUGAAGAAUGACUCAACAGUUGGCAAAGGAGAGGAUAGCAGCGGCUUUGCGUGUAUGCAACAGGAGCAGGAGCAGCAGCAGUUGGGGCUACCACGCCGAACUUGCAUGCUUCCUCCCUUAUUUCUUUUAAACCAGCUGAUUAUUGGACACGCACCUGACGCUCAGGAGCUGCAACAGGGACGGGAGCAGCAGCAACAAAAGCAACAACGACAGCAGCACCAACCGCAGCAGCAGCCAGAGGCCGAAAAGGGAGGUACUGAUACUCGCGGAGACAGGCUCAACAGCAGUAACAGCAAAUCACAAAAGCCCUCUCCAGUGGAGGAGUCCCUUGUAGGAUCGUCUCUCAGCAGCAGCAACAACAUAAGAGCAGCCACCGAGACAACACCAGAGGCAGCGCUGCCACGGACUGCAACACCCGAAGAAGAUGUGGCGCGCGGACGUGGCCUGGAAGCCGUUGGAUCUGCUGCUGUUGGUGCUGCAGUUGCUGCAGACGGGGACGCAGAGCUGGAGGCGUUGCUGCAGCGUCUACAGAUUGUGUCAGCGGGCGAUCGGCCUACCCCUCGUAACAGCAGCAGAGUUCCUUCUCUCACCUCUAGCAAGUGCGUUGCUGUUGCCACUGCUUCUGCGCUUCGUGCGGUACCCUCCCAGGGUGGAAACGCCCAAGGAGCUCACCGGCAACAGCUACUGCAGCAGCAGCUACCACAAGUACAGCAGCAAUCUCUCCACAAUGCUGAGGUAGAGGAGGCGUUAGAAGACACUCCUUCGGAUGCUGUCCUUUGCAGGUCCAGUAGCAGCACGGAACUGACGCUGCCUAUGCACUUGAGAGAAGAUACUUUAGGGGCUUCGGGAAGCUUCGGAAGCAACUGCGUGCAGCAGCAACAUGGACUUGCUUGCGCGCGUUCAGGAGCCGCAGCAGCAGCAGCAGCAGCUGCUGCUGCUGCUGAGGGGUCAAUGCUACCGCCUCUGGAUGAGGUCCCCACAGCGGGACAAGAGGCCGAAAGCUCGGAAGACGAAUCUUCUGUUGCUGAUGCAGCGAACAAAUGCGAAUCUGGAGCGGCUGCAGCAACAGCAGCAACAACAGCAGUAGCAGCAGCAGCAUCAGCAGCACAGGAGGCAGGAGCAGCAGAACUGAAUGCCACCGAGGCGUCAGGUCCUAGUGCUUUCCGGAAUGCGAGAGUGGAUACUGCACAAGCCAGUGCAGCAGCGGCAGCAGCUGCAGGAGCAUGCAAGGUGGCAGGUUCAGAAGCAGCAGCUGCAGCAGCCGCAGCAAAGGAACGUCUCAUUGCUCGCCUACGGUUAUUUAAAAAUGGAUUCCCCCCCAAGCUGCGGUGCCGUAUUUGGCUGGCACUGCUUGAAGUGGAGGACUUAGGGCCGCUGCAGCAGCAGCAUCUCUCAAGCCUCAUUGCUCAGACACCCCUAGACGAGCCAAACCAAAGGGUCAUUAAGAGCGAUGUAGAACGGACGCGCGCGCGGCUGGCGGUGUUUAGGGAGGCGAAAACGCGAAAGCUGAUGGAACAGAUGCUGACAUAUUACUGCAAAUCGCAUGCGCUGAAGUAUAAGCAGGGCCUCAACGAGCUCCUCGGUAAGGAUCCACUGUUGCAGCUGCACAAGAAGCAGCAGCAGCAGCUGAGGAGCACAAGGAGCGCAGGCUGCUCUCGUGUAGGCGCUGCAGGCUGGAAGCAACCGGAAGAGGACUUGCGCAGAGUUGCUGAGCUCCCUUUCUGUAUUUGGGGGCAUCAGAAGGAGGCUUCGAGACUUGGGAGGUGUACUGCUGUUUUGUGGCAUUUGUUGGGAGAUUUCUGCCUGGAGAGGCACUUUGCGACUCCGGAGUUGUAUGUGACGCCCUGGUUUUUAACUUUGUUUUCGUCAAAGGUGCAGCUGCCGGUAUUGUUUGUAUUAUGGGAUUGGCUAAUGUUGGAACGCGACAGCGUCUUCUUCUGCUUUAUUUCCCUUGCAAUCCUUAUCAGCAACAGACGACUGCUGCUCCGCACUGAGGUAUCCCAGCUGCCAGAGACGCUGAGCAAACUCUCCAUAAACUCCGUCCCAGAACUUGCGCUUUUGUGGCGCCUUGCACAGGACCUCCGCAAUCAGACGCCUCUCAGCUUCUCGUACAGUUUUUGCGCGUCACAGACAGGAAGCACGGAUCAUCACAUACAGCCUUUGCAGCCGAUGGAGUCUGAACGGGUUUUCUUUAUGUUGCCCCAGGAAGUACUCAACCACGCUUACGGCCGUACGUCGGCGCCUCUUUUCCCUCCGUGUGAAACCGUUGGGUUCCGUGGAUACUGCACCAGCGUGGGCUCAACUACAGCGGCAGCUGCAUCAGGAGCGGCAGCAGCUUGUGCUGCAGAUGCAUGCACUGGUUCGCAGUGGACGAGAGAAGACUCGGUUGUAGGGCGCAGUCCUACUUGGAAGCUCCUGCUUCUGGAUUUGAGGCCUCAGUGGCUCUUCGAGGGUGGGCGGCUGCCCCCAGCCAUUCACGUUGAUGCGCUAGGGGACUGGAAACAAACGCUACCUGCUCUCGUGGGCGCCAUCGAUCCCUCAACGACAGCAGCAACGACGGCCGUGGACGGCAGCGGCGGCGGCAGCCCGUCUGUGGGGAGUUCUCCGGGAAGCAGAGCAGCACGUGAAGACGUCGAUAGGCAGAGACUGCAGCGGCGGCGAGCCACGCGCCUGCUGCGCUCGCUGAAGUGGAAAGGUUCCCCUGGGGAUUCCCGUUCCUCAUCAUCUGCUGGGGGCGUUGGAUCUGCAUCAUCUGCAGCAGCAGCAACAGCAGCUGGGGCAGCUACGGCAGCCGUCAGGGGGGCCCACGCAGGCCGACCUUCGCGAGCUUCGUCCGUUGCUGCUGUGAACGUGGUAUCGUCGCAAACCGCAUUAGCAACAACACGACGGGGGUCCACAAAUUCCCAGUCCUCAAGGGUUGAGAUGCAGCAGCGCAAGCAGCACACAGCAACAUCAGCAGCAGUGGCCCGGCCCCCCCACCGUCGCUGCAUGUCAGAGCCGUUUCCUCGGGGAGAUGUCAGCCCUGCCUGGUGGCUGCGUAACUCGUCCUCUGAGGGUGCGGCAGCAGGAGCAGAAGGGUUUCCCCCGCCUUUGACUACCGCUUGUAGUUGCCUGGAGACUGCAAUCGUGCAGCCUCUGUGUCAGGCAGAGGGGUCGCAUUGGAGGGUUCCCUCAGUCUUGCGCUGCAGCAGCAGCAACGCUCAGCAGCAGCCAACGUCUGUGCCGGCGUUUUUGACUGCACCAAACGACGGAGAUGAAGUGGAAGCAGGAGCAGCGGCGACAGCAAAGCCGAAUAAGAUGCACCUGGAUAUACGGCGUGGGUCGCACCUCGUAGGGAAGCAGCUACAGGAAAAGAGGCAACAGAGACAGGAGCAUCAGCAGGAGUUGCAGUAUCAAGAAGAGGACAAAGAAAAGUGCGAGGACGGCGCGAGUGUGCAGGGGUCUCGUCCAGGCGACGGCGCCUUGCCACAAACAGACGAGCACCAGACAGUGAGCACUGCAACAAGAAAGAGUAGCGCUGAUUGCGUUGGAAAAGCUGCGGCAUACGGCAGCGGCUGCACCAGUGGUGGGGCAUCCGAGACUGCGGGGGACAGAGCUGCAGACUUGGAUGUGUUUUGCUGCACCUCGUUGACCCCGGAGGAGAAUCGAAAGGCCUUCGGCUUGCACCAGCUGCAGGUGCCUUCUCACCAUGUCUGCCUCCUCACGGAGGAUGGCACGCUUGACGCAAACGCUGCAGAGAUAUACCACUUCUUAACGGAAGAGAUGGCGCUGAGGUGGGUCUCCUUUGUCCGUGGUGGAUACGUCGCGUGUCAUUGGCUGGCAAUGCAGCAGCAGCUCGAGCUGGUGGACCACAUGACGAGCACGUGCUCUUUCUGCUCCGCGGAGGCCCGGCAACAGCAGCAACGCCUUGAGGAGCAGCAGCAGCAGCAGCAUUCGGCUCGCCGAGGCAGUCGUCAUUCUGUUUUGUCUCGAGCAUGGAGUUCGUCUUCUCUCUCAUCAGAUGUUAACUCUUCCGCCUCGACGACGCCUUUUAACUUCCCUCCUCUGGCUUCGUCCCCGUCAAUUAACAUCGUUCGCAUGCAGCACCAGCAUCAACAGCACCAGCAGCACCACCAGCAACGGCAGCAACAGCAGCAGGUAAGGAGCAACAGCACGUCCAGGCCAAGCGGUGCUCAGGGCCUUAACUUGGGGGGUAUUUUAGGCGCCUGGCGGCGGCUGUCCAGCGCGAAGUCUCCACGGGGCUUUUCUUCCAAAGGGAGGAAAUCAGCAGUAGCGACAGCAGAAGCAGCAGCUGCAACAGUAGCAGCAAGCUUGUCAGAAGCAGUAACGCAUGCAGUCAUGGAUCGUACGCCAGAAUCGGGCCCGUACCUUCCCAACUUAUGCGCAUUGUGCAGCAGCAGCUUCAGCAGUUGUAGCAGCAAAAGCAGCAGCACCCGCAGCAGCGGUUUGAUCCCUGCCUUCGCGCCUCAGGAAUGCAGCCCGUUGCCCCUGCAGCAACGGUGGCCCAGCGACGGCGAUAGUAGCAAAGGGUGCCUGUCUUGUGGGUCUCCUCUGCCUGCGAGCGGAUGGUCUGCUGCUGCCUCUCCAGCGGGAGAUCGUUCUACUGCUACCGUUGCUUCUGACGAAAAGCUGCCACCCCAGCUGCCUUUUCAGCGCUGGGCAUCUUUGCUCUCCUUGCCAACGCACCGUCUUGUGCUACUGAGGGUUCCUCGCUAUGCCCUGCAAGUGUUCUUAGGGUCUUCGGAUGUGAGGAGCUUCCCUUGUUAUAUAGAGGCCGUGUUGCAGCCACCGUUGCAUCUACUGCUGCAGCGGCAGCACACUGCCGCCGCUGCAGCAUCUGGUGGAUGUGAGCAAAGCUCCAGCGAAGCCCUGCCGCCAAUUUUGUCCGAGGCACGUAGCGCAGCAUCCCAUAUAAGCAGGAACAUGGCUGCAGAAGCUAGCCAAAGCCGAGAAGGCUAUUUGCCUUCCCUUGCGCAGCUUUCCAGUAUCGCCCCUCGCGCUGCUGCUUCAGAGUCGUUACUGGGGGGAGCAGCGCCUCUGACUGCUCGUUCUCUGUCGCUGUUGCUUCAGUGGCACUCCUCCUCAGCCUCCCCUAUCUGCAAUGGCACCGACAGCCAGCAGAACGCCUGCGCCCAGCAGCAGCAGCUGGUGAGUCGCGGGGGUUCCCACGGCUUGCUAACCAAGCGCAGUAGCAGUGGAAGCGGGCCUGGCUGUGACGGGUCAGCAGCUUCGUCGAUGCCUGUGGCGGAGGGUUACGAACACUUGUCGUCCUGGCUCUUCAACGCUCCAGACAGGAGACUUUGUGAAGUAGUAGUGACUCCCGACCGCCUCGUGCUCGUCAGUGGCGUGCAGCAGCAGCAGAUGCUGAUGCUGCAACGGAAGCAGGACCACCAGCAGCAAGGAAAUGAAGGAGUAAUAGGCAUCACGAAGCUCGCACGGUGGCCUGAGGAAAGUCCCAGAGGUGCAGAUGAAUUUGAGGGCGCCGCACAGUGGCGGCUUAUUGCUGACCUCUUGGGUCUCCCCCCUCCGUGGCAGCUAAAGGCUCAGCAGCAGCAGGAGCAGGAGGAACCUCCACGGGACUCCCAGCAGCAGCACCACCAACACCAGCAAACGCUGCUUCAGCAGCAACAGGAUGACUCUGUUGAUGUGUAUUCCUCAAUGGAACUGGCGGAGACCCACAAAAUAACGAGUAGGAAGAAUGAUGCAAGACUUUUAUGUUUUUACUUCAAUGCUACAAAGUCGCAGCCGCUGAUGGUUUUGAGGUUCCCGGAUGACAGCUCAGCGAAGGGCUGCAUUGCCCACGUCAAAAGUCAUGGCGUAGGCGUCAGCGUAAAUGCAACGGGACCAACAGGAGAGACCCAACGCCCCUCUCAACGGCCUCCCCCUCCUUAG